ACAGUAUAAAAACAAUUUUUUAUGGUUUGUGGUUAAAGUGUGGUAUUAAUUAAUGUGUCAAUAUGGAAGAUCAAAUAAUUGAAAUUUUAAAAACUCCUAUAAAAAGUGAAAGUGAUAAAAAAGAAUAUAAAAUUAUAAAACUGAAAAAUGGUUUAGUUGCCGUACUUAUAUCCGAAGUAAAAACUCAAACAGAUUCAAAUGAAAUAGGUGGAGUAACCAUUGCUAAUGAAGAAAAACUGGCAGGUGCUACGUUGCAAAUAGGGGCUGGAUGUUUUUGUGAUCCUGUGGACGUCCUAGGACUUACGCACUUGUUGGAACAUAUGGUUUUUAUGGGCAGUGAAAAAUUUCCUACAGAAAAUGAUUUUGAUUCGUUUCUUACAAAAGGAGGUGGAAGUUCGAAUGCCGGGACAGAAUAUGAGUGCACAUCAUUUUCCUUUGAGUGUCUUGAAAAACAUUUGCCUGGAGCUUUGGAUAGGUGGUCACAGUUUUUUAUAGCGCCAUUAUUGAAAAAAGAAGCAUUAACUAGAGAAAGGGAGGCUGUGGACUCAGAAUUUCAGAUGUCAUUACCGAAAGAUGAACCACGGCGGGCGCAGUUGUUAAUGAGGUCAGCUAAAAAAGGUACACCUGUACAUGUGAGCUUUCCGUGGGGCAACUUGAAAACUUUAAAAGACAAUAUAUCUGAUGAUGAGUUACAUAAACGUCUUCAUGAGCACAGACAGAGGUACUAUUCUUCCCAUAACAUGACUUUGGCUAUACAAGCAAGACUUCCAUUAGAGACACUAGAAGCAUAUGUCAAGGAGUAUUUCUCAGGUAUACCAAAUAAUAAUUUACCUAAACCUAAUUAUAGUGAGUACGUUGAUGUUUUUGAUACACCUGAAUUUAACACAAUCUACUAUAUUAAACCAUUGAAAGAAAUAAUUCAACUAGAUCUUGUUUGGGCCUUACCUUCACAAAAGUAUGAAUAUAAAAGCAAAGCUGUCAAGUAUUUAUCACAUUUCUUGGGGGAUAAAGGUAAAGGUAGUAUUUUGUCGUAUUUAAAGAAACAUAUGUGGGCUUUGUCAUUGGAUGCUUUUUCUGAGUUUGACAAUAAUUCUAUUUUUGACUUUUUGACUUUAAAUGUAGCAUUAACAGAAGAAGGUUUAAAACAUGUCUUUGAUGUUAUUGAAGUAGUUUUUUCUUACAUUAAUCUUUUAAAAACGGUGGGUCCACAAAAACAAGUGUUUGAAGAGUUGAAAGUCAUAGCUGAUACAGAUUUUAAAUUUGAGACUGAACGAUCAGUUAGUUAUAAUACAUAUACACUAGCGACUAAUCUGCGUAUUCAUCCUCCUGAAGAUAUCAUUUCUGCUAGUCAACUAUACAAGGAAUACAUUCCAGAAAAAAUAACUGAGUUACUGAACAAGUUGACACCCAAAAAUGUAUACAUUGCUAUUACAACAAAAGUAUUACCAGAUGGUUUACAAUUCAAUAAGAAAGAAAAAUGGCUACAAGCCGAAUACACAGACAUAGAGAUUUCUGAGGAACUAUUAAGUAAAUGGGAGUCUGUAGUGCCAUAUACUGAACUCAGUCUCGCCCCUCCUAACCCUUUUUUAACUAGCAAUUUUGAUUUACUUCCUUGCACCUCCAAUCACCCUGAUUAUCCACAAAAAUUAAUAGAUACCACCAAAUGUGAGUUAUGGUACAGACAAGAUCAAAAGUUUAAGCUACCAACAGCUCAUUUCAAUAUCUACCUUUUAAAUCCUCUUACCAUACAAUCACCAAAAAAUUUUGUCUUGACUGAUUUGUUUGUUGAUUUAUUAUCAUUUGCUACAUGUGAGGAGGUUUAUCCAGCAACUAUAGCCAGUUUGUCUGUACAUUUUAUAGCUGAGGACAGGGGAAUCACAGUUCAAAUAAAUGGAUAUAACGAAAAAUUGCCGUUGUUAUUACAGUUAUUGACAAAGUAUAUACUAAAUUUAUCUGAUCAUAUAAAUCAAAACAUAUUUAAUGGAAUUAAAGAAAAAUCUUUACUACUAUACUAUAACAAACUAUUUCAAACUGCUUCUUUAGGUAAUGAACUUCAAAAUAAACUUUUGAUUACAAAUUAUUUUUCGCCCAUAGAUACUUACAGGGAACUCUAUAAUCUUACUUUUGACGAUAUGCUAGAUUUUAUAAAAAAAUUUCCUAAAAAUCUUCUUAUUCAAUCUCUGGUUCAGGGAAAUAUUACAGCAGAUGUUGUAUGUGAUAUCAUUAACAAGUUUAUUAAAAGUUUAGAUUUUGAAGAAAUACCAAAAGAAAAAUAUCCUAGAUUGUCUGUACCACAGAUACCUCUUGGGGAAAAGUGUCUAUUUGUGGAAUCACUUAAUAAAAAAGAUGCCAACUGUGUAACUUCCAAUGUUUACCAAGUUGGAUCGUUUUCUUUAAAAGACAAGGUACUUAUGGACAUCGUUAUGAAAAUAAUUGCUGAACCAUGCUUUAAUACUCUCCGCACAAUUGAACAACUGGGAUAUCAUGUAUCUUGUCGUGGAUAUAAACUAUAUGAUGUCUUAGUAUUUAAUUUACGAGUUAACUCGCAGGUUGAUAAGUAUUCCACACAAUAUUUAGAUUCCAGAAUUGAGGCAUUUUUAAAACAAUCCCAAAAACUAGUAGAUGAAACUACUGUCGAAGGUAUAGAGAAGAUUAAAGAGGAUUUGAUUAAAACUAAACAAGUCUGUGACCAUAAUUUAGCAAAAGAAGUGUACAGGAAUUGGUUAGAGAUCAUCUAUGAUGAUUAUAUGUUUGAUAGAGCAAAACAAGAGGUCGAAUGCAUUAAGACUAUAACAUUGGAAGAUAUUAAGACUUGGUGGAGUAAACACAAUAACUUUGGUAGCCAAGAAAACUUCCGGAAGAUUAGUUUUCAAAUAGCUGGUCAUAUUCAAGACAGCCAAGCCACCUCUACUGGAGAAAGUGUCACAAAUGGAAGUGAACUCAAGGAUACAGCACUGAAAAUAUUGGGUGAUAAUAAAAAUUUACCAGAAGGGAAAUCUGCUGGAUACUUUAUCGAAGAUAUUGACGAGUUUAAAAUAUUUUUAAGACCUUUUCCUAAAAAAACAGACAAAUAACUAUCAUUGUUUUAUGAUCGUGUUAAAACUUAGAAAUGAAAUGGUGCUAAUAUUUAAUUUUUUUUAGUUGAUAUCAAUAUUUUAACAGAUCAUUGUUUAGUAUGGUAACCUUUUUACUUUGUGACAGUGCAGUAUUAGUAAUAAUUUUAAAAUGCAAUUCGGAAAAUACAAGUUACUACAUUGCCAGAAUGGCUUUUAUAAUACUUUAUUAACUAAGACGUUCCUUAUUAUAUUAUCUGUUAUUGUUUUAAUAUUUUUUGUUUUAAAAUAUGUAAUGCUAUGUUUUUCUUUUUAUGUGGGUUCGGAUACACUGACACACAAAAUUUUCGCGCUUCGAUUUGUGAAUUGAGCCUUUCUAGUUCCUGUAGCUGGUUUUCUAAAUGUCGUUUUUUCUUUUGUUUUAGUAUAUUUUUCUCUGCUUGUCUCAUCAAUUUGUACUCCUCUUGAUUUUGUCUUGUCCUUCUGUUUUCCCAUACGCCUGAAUCUUUUUUUGAGUUGCCUGUGCGCAUUGUUUAUUACCUUCACAACCUCUAAUUACGGAUCUCAUUCGAUCAGGUAUACUUCGGAUUAAGGCAGCAAAGUCUGCUUGGGGGAUUUGCUCCCAUUCGUCACGAACUGCUUACUCCAAUUCGUUCAUGGUUUCAAACUCACCAUGGUUACAUCGAAUAGGUACGUAGUCCCAGAAUAUCCCAUGGAUGUUCUAUUGGACUUAAGUCUGCACUUCUUGGGGCCAUGGUGUUAAACGAAUCCCAACUCCAUCCAAGCAAUCCCGUUUUAUUCUUGUGAUGUGCGGACGAGCAUUAUCUUGCAUCAAACGAAAGUUUUCUCUAACAAAAGAGGCAAAUGGCACUACAUGAUCAUCCAAAUAUUGCUGAAUAUACCGUUGAGCGUUCAAAUUGCCCCUUGAACUAUAACAAGUUCUGUAUGAGCCUCUAGGGCAAUGCCUGCCCACACCAUUAUAUCACCUCCACCAAAUUGAACUCUCGGAGUAAAACAACAUUGCUGAUAACGUUCACCAGCUCUUCUCCAUAUUCUAGGCCGGCCAUAUGAUGAGUAUCUGUUAAAUCUUGUUUUAUCCGUGAAAAGCAGAGCACUCUAAUCGUCAACACCCCAAUUAAGAUAUUCGCGAGCGAAGUGUAAAUGUUGCCUCCGAUGAUCUGCUGUUAAGACAGUUUUACAUUAUGCUAUUUUCAUGCUAGUCAAGAGCCAUGCAAGACAAAUCAUGGAACUGCGCAUGCCCACGGGCUAUUUCCAUGCAAUUCCUGUGCUAGACGAAAAAUUAGAACAUGUUCUAUUUUUCAUGCAAUUUUCUUGCAAUUUAUCGUUAAAAUUCAUGUUGCCAACAUAACAAUUUAUAAUAGAUUACAGAAUAAAACAUAACCUUAUCUCUAUCUUUAGCGUCCCUUAACCCACAUGUGUAUUGUUGUGUUUUGAUUUAAAUUAAGUUUAUUAAGUGGUGAUAAAUAGAUAUACUAUGUCUAAAGUUAAUGUAAAAACGACUGGGUGAGUCGUUGACUAUGGAUGAUUGUUGCUACAACAGCAAUAUUCAACAAUAACAAUGUUUUCUUUGUUUUAAUAACCAUAAAUAGUGUAUAUUUAUUUAUUAUAUUAUUUAUUUUAGUACUUAAUUAUAUUUUUUAUUUAAAAUAAAAUAACCUCAAAUUGAUAAAUAUUUUCUCUGUUGGCAACAAUGAAAGUGGGAUCUAAAAUUGCACAGAAAUAUCUCUGAUGUAAAAAGGUCAAGCUAGGCAAGAGAUGUGCCAUGCAAGACGGACUUGCAUAGCAUGAGACUUGCAUAGCCUAGAUGUAAAGCUCCCUUUAAUAGAGGUCCCGUGACAGGUAUUCUGGACCUUAAACCAUAUUCAUUUAAGGGUCUUCGAACGAUAUAAAUGGAAAUUGUGUUUCUAUGGAUAUAUGUUUUAACCUAAGAAAGCGAUCUUCAACUUGUCUUGUCUACCUUGACCUGGCCUCCUGGUGUACUGUUUUCCAAAAUCUUUGUAUUGCAUCAACCACUGUACCUCGAGAUUUUCCUAAAGCAUUGACGAUGUAACGAAUGCUCAGCCAAUCAUCCUGUAGAGCAACAGCUUGUGCUACUUCUUCUGGGUCAUCAUUUUUUUAAUGCAAGUUUUUAACAGGAGACUUAAGACAGGAGACACUAAAUUACAAAUAUUACAAAUUUUAUUUACAUUAAUAAAAUUAUCGCUUAAAAGUUACACUGAUAUCGCUUACAAAACAGUUCGACAAUACUAAUAAUAACGUACUACCUCAACGUGCUUGUAUAAGAACAAAUAAUGCUUUGUAAUCUCUAUGUUAAUAAAUACUCCCUGUGAUUUAUUUAAAUAUUUUUUAGUAAUAAUAAUAAUAAUAAGAUUUUACCUUUUUUUGUUGUUGUUGCUUUUGUAUCGAAUUUCUAUAAAAACAUUUGAAUUUAUAUAGAAAAACACUCAUUUAUCGUUAUUGCAAACUAUUCCAUAUUGUAAAUUGUGAUAUUACAAUGCCAUGGAGCAAAAUUUUGGUACAGUUUGUAAACGAUCAUCAUCCAUGUUUGAAUGUACCCUUAUCUAUUUUAAAUUAUAGGUACAUUGUUAAAUAUUUUAAUUGUAUUAAUAUGUUAUACAUGUAUUCUUACUAUAUGUAACUAUUUUUGCGUGAUAUAUCUAUACGAGUACUAUUAAAUUAUAUUAAUUAAAAAAUUUAAAAUG